CAAACGUAGGCUAAAUUCCGCGGGCACUUUAUUCGGUAGCUGUGGGCAGUGCCGCAGCUGUAGAUAUGGGACUCCCGUUACGGCUGCGGCGCAGCCGACAUUUUGCAUAUCGACUGGACACCUGUAGUGCCAGACUUCUACUACGUGUACCUCCACUAAUAUCGCCUUCGAUUCGGCCUAGCUUUUGACCCACCUAUAAAUUCGCCACCGGCGCUCUCUGGACAACCAUCAUCAGACUCUAAAAUGGCGGUGCAAUUGGAGCUGUGGAACGACCUCACCGACAAGGUCGUCCUGGUCACGGGUGCCUCCUCCGGCUUAGGCCGCGAGUUCGCUCUCGACUUGGCCAAAGCUGGAUGCCGGAUAAUCGCAGCCGCUCGCCGCGUCGACCGGCUCAGGGAGCUCUGCGAUGAGAUCAAUCGCCUCGCUUGUCGCUCCUCCGAACCUGAGAGUAAUGCCUGUCGCCGAGCCGUCGCUCUGGAACUCGACGUCUGUGCCGACGCAGCCACCAUUGAGAUGUCCGUACAGCAGGCUUGGGAAGCGUUUGGGAGGAUCGAUGCUUUGGUUAAUAACGCUGGGGUUAGAGGUAAUUUCUGAAAUUUCUUCUGCAAAAUUCAUUUUCUUUU